ACUUUCCUCUCACUCUGGCAUUUUGUGUAGGUGCGGAAAAAUUUUAAAAUAAUUAUUUUUCCGGGAAAAACUUAUUUUUGGAGCGCCAAAAGUUGGCGGGUGCCUCAGGGGGGCCCAAAGUACGUUCAGUAAAAAUUUGGUGGCGCAACUCCCCGGAUUUUUUUGUGGAAUUUGCACGACUUUUUCUGGCGCGAAUUUUGAGUGUUUUGAACUGGGGACGCCAAUCGACGCGGCGUCGCUUCCUGGUCACAAAAAAGGUAAUUUCGCUGGGAAAUUCGGCGGAAAACGCGAGAAAAUUGCGAAAAACUAAUAGCAGUGGUGGCUUUUGGAACUACAAUGUUAGGUUAGAAAUCCGGAUAAAUAUUAGACAACCCAAUAUCAUCCAGGAGUGCGUUCUACGGAAUUUCAAGCACACUAGGCACAAAGGAUGAGUAAUAUUUACAUUCAGGAACCCCCCACAUCGGGAAAGGUUCUCCUGAAGACUUCCGUGGGGGACAUUGAUAUUGAAUUGUGGUCUCGCGAAGCGCCAAAGGCAUGCCGAAACUUUGUCCAACUCUGCAUGGAAGGCUACUACAAUGGCACAAUCUUCCAUCGUCUCGUCAAGGGGUUCAUCGUUCAAGGUGGUGACCCCGAAGGCAAUGGCUCUGGCGGCGAAAGCAUCUACGGGGCCCCAUUUCGUGAUGAAUUCCACUCGAGAUUGCGCUUUGCCCGUCGUGGACUCGUCGCGAUGGCCAAUUCGGGGCCAAAUGACAACGGAUCCCAGUUCUUCUUCACUCUCGCCGCAACACCAGAGCUCCAGAAUAAGCACACAAUCUUCGGAAAGGUCACCGGAGACACUGUGUUCAAUAUGCUGAAGCUCGAAGAGGGGCUUGUGGAUGAGGAGGAACGCCCCAUGUACCCGCACAAGAUCCACCGCGUGGAAAUUUUGCAUAAUCCCUUUGAAGACAUCCAACCACGUGUUGUGGUGGACAAGAAAGUGGAAAAGUUAGAGAAGAAGGAGAAACGCCGGGAGAAAGGUGUGAAGAACUUUGGUCUACUCUCUUUUGGCGAAGAAGCUGAGGAGGAUGAAGAGGAGACAAUGGAGUUUGUUAAGAAGUCGUCCGGGAAAGCAAAGUCCAUGCAUGAUGCAAUUGAGGAUCCCAAACUUAGCCGGGAAACUGUCAAAGUGGAUCAAGUGGAUAAGAUGAGAGAAAAAUCUUCUGCAUCUGAGAGUGAGGAAGAGAUAAAGAAGCUUCCGGAUGAGGUGGAUGUACGAAAAACAGCUGAAAGUGUCCGAAAUAAAUUGAAGGGAAAGAAAAACGAUGAGAAAUCUCCCAGAAAGUCCCGGGAUGUGGACAAGAAGAAGGCUGAAUCUUCAGACUCCGAAGAGUACGAUUUGUUCGAUGAGGAGAAACAACGAAAGGCACAACGGAGGAAAGAUGCCGAAAGAAUUCGGGAGGAAAUUAAGCAGGUUCGGAAGGAAUAUCAGCAGGACAAGAAGCGAAAGAUUGAUCUGCUCGACAAGGAGCGCACCGUUAAGGAGGAAAAGCGACAACGCAGUGAAGUUCUGGAGGAAUAUCUCUCGGAAAAGGGAAAAUACGAUGCCCUGAAGAAGGAUCAGCCACGCAAAGGAGCCUCUCGGGAGAAUUUUACCCUCAGUCUGUUAGCAAAAUUCAAAAGUAAACUCGAUACGGCAAAAGAGAAGCGUUCCGGCGAAGCAUCUCCCGAAGUAGAAGCUGCUCCUGCUACUACCGAAGAUGAUGCAGACAUCCAGGGAGACGACUGGCUAUCACAUGAGCUGCACUUUGAAGAAAAACUCCCAGUUUUAGCCAAAGAUGCAGCAACAAAGCAGGACGAUUGGUAUGAUGUCUUCGAUCCACGAAAUCCUCUCAAUAAACGUCGACGUGGAGACAAGAAUAGCACCACCAGUAGUGGCAGGAGGAAACAUUGAGAGGAACAGAAGGAACAUCUUAAACAAAACCUUUUGUUCAAAUUCAUUUAAUGCAGAGAUAAUUCUCUCCUGACAUGAGAAAUCUUCCUUGUCCACCUACUCUCUGGCAAAAAAGAGAAUAUUUUCAUUGAUUUUUUUUUCAUUCUGAAUUCAGAGAUGCAGAAGAAUUAGAAUUCUGUGUAUAUAGGGGCGUUCUAAAUCUGCAAAUGCUGUGAUUUUUUUUUCUUCAUUAUUAUAAGCUAUUUUUUCUUCUUUAAUUUUUGGAGUAUCUUUUAAUUUCUUUGAAAAACGUUUUAAGAGAUGAAUUCACAUUGAAUUGAAUGCUAAAAGAAAUGCAUGAAUUGAGAGUAAAAUUUUAGAUUUUGAGUGAAAAUUGUUGAAAUAAUUGAAUUGUAUUACAGUCUGUUCUGUAAGUGAAGAAUUUAUCAUUAAGAAAAAUUAACUUAAUUAAUUAUUAAAUAAGAAAUAUUGUAAAGAAAACAAAGAGUGAAGUAAAUAAAACAAAUUUAAGUAAA